AUGUGGAGUGAAAACUAUUAUGAUCUGUGUGCUAAUGAGGAAUUCGGUUUCAGGCUUAGUCCAGACACUAUGCAGCAAGGAUCAGGAUCGACAACGCCUUCUGUGGCACCGGCUCCAGUACCGACUGCUGUCCCACCACCGGCUACAAUCGAGAAUAUGGACGACCCGCCGCCACGGAACGAGCCGGCGGUCGAACCGGUGAACGGCAUUGUCCAGCCGCCGGUUGCACCGCCACCGGAUCGACCCGGACGGUUGACGAAUCAGAUUCAUUUCCUUCUGCGCACCGUCAUGAAGGCCGUGUGGAAGCAUCAAUUUAGCUGGCCCUUCCAGCAGCCGGUUGAUGCGAAGAAACUGAACCUGCCCGACUAUCACAAGAUCAUCAAGCAGCCCAUGGACCUGGGUACGAUCAAGAAACGGCUCGAAAACAACUACUACUGGACGAGCAAAGAGUGUAUAAAGGAUUUUAACACCAUGUUUACCAACUGUUACGUGUACAACAAACCGGGCGAGGAUGUAGUCGUGAUGGCCCAGACUCUGGAGAAACUCUUUCUCGCCAAGGUUUCGCUGAUGCCGAAAGAUGAGACCGAAAUGGAAGUGCCCCAACCGAAGGGUGGCAAGAAGAAACCCCGUUCGCUUGCGCCACCAGGAACGUUGGUCGGUAAUACCUCGGUCACCGGGGCCGCAGCGGCUGCCGGUGUAGCACCGAAUGCGGCUAUAGUGGCGGGAGCAAAUGCUGUGGCCGCUGCGGCCGCAGCAGCAGCCGCUGCCCGUGCCCGCCCCGGUUCAUCGCUCGGUGCGACCGUUUCAUCGAGUGUUCCGCCGUCUAGCGUUGGUGCGCCAGUGCCGGCGGGUUUGGUAGGGCCAGCUGCCACAAUGCUACCAAGCGUUCCUCCGAUCGGCACCAUGCCACCGCAAACGGUUCCGGGCAGCACAAACACAACGACCACGGCCACACCCAACUCUGCGGUGGCGGCCCUAGCUGCAGCGGCGGCAGCUGCCGCUGCAGCCAGCGCACCGCACAAUCCAAUCAGCAAUCCAAUCGGCGGCCCGCCGGUGGUGAGCAAACCGUCUGUUCCGGCCAACUCGCCGUACCUAGUGAACAGUUCGCAAGCCGGAAUGGAAACAGUCAUACCUCCACAGCAGCCUGCAAAAGUAAAAAAAGGUGUUAAGAGAAAGGCCGAUACCACCACGCCAACGGCCACCGUGUUCGACCCGCACUACGGCACGCCGAUGGAUUCGAGCGCCGCCAAAAUAGCCACCAGACGAGAAUCUGGACGACAGGAUAUUGUGCCCUAUCAAACCUCCACAUAUCCCAUGUCACCGAUGACGCACCAGGGAACGACUUCGUCACAGUACCCGCCGAAGAGCAAGGAGAAACUGUCCGACGCAUUAAAGUCCUGUAACGAAAUUCUUAAAGAGCUCUUUUCCAAGAAGCAUUCGGGGUAUGCUUGGCCAUUCUACAAACCGGUCGAUGCGGAGUUGCUUGGUCUGCACGAUUACCACGAUAUUAUAAAGAAGCCGAUGGAUCUGGGCACGGUUAAGCGCAAAAUGGACAACCGGGAGUACAAGUCGGCACCGGAGUUCGCGGCAGACGUUAGAUUAAUAUUUACCAAUUGCUACAAGUACAACCCGCCAGAUCAUGAUGUCGUCGCGAUGGGUCGCAAACUGCAGGACGUUUUCGAGAUGCGACUGGCCAACAUACCGGAUGAGCCGGUAAACAAUGUGGCCCCGCAUCAUACGGGCAAGGAAAGCGAACCGUCCUCGUCGAGCGACUCGAACGAUAGUGACGAAGAGAGCGAAUCGGACGAGGAGUGCACGCAGAAGCUCAAACUGCUCGAAAAACAGCUAUUCGAGAUGCAAGAACGAAUGCGAAAGCUGACCGAGGAAGCCCUCAUCAAAAAGAAGCAGAAGAAAAAGCUGAAAGAUAAGAAGAAACCAUCACUCGGUGGUCCCGGUGGUGGCAACAGUGCUAGUGAUAUUAAACCGAUUAUGGACCCGCAUGCCGGGCUCGUUUUGCCGCACGGUCCAGGCAAGGGCAUGCAUCAAAUGGCGGGAGCUAUGGGCCAACCGGCAAUGGGUGGUCCGGGUGUGGCUCCGGUAAUGGCCGCCCCCGGUAACAAAGCGAAGGGAGCCAAGGGUCAGCGCGCACCGAAAGCUGGUGGGGCUGCCAGUGGUGCGCCGAAUGCUCCUGCGAAACGGGCCAAAAACGCAACGGCGGCCGGAGCAGGCGUUCCGCGUGCGCCUAACAAGAAGAAGGCAUCGCAAAACACCACCAACUUCGAUUCGGAGGAAGAGGACACAGCCAAACCAAUGUCGUACGACGAGAAAAGACAACUUUCGCUGGACAUUAAUAAGCUGCCGGGCGAUAAAUUGGGUCGUGUUGUACAUAUAAUCCAGAGCCGAGAGCCAUCGUUACGCGAUUCCAAUCCGGACGAGAUAGAGAUUGAUUUCGAAACUCUGAAGCCAUCAACUUUGCGCGAGCUUGAGAGCUACGUCGCAUCCUGUCUACGCAAGAAAACUCGUAAGCCUUACUACAAAAAAGUUUCUGGUAAAUCCAAGGAAGAGCAAAUGACGGAGAAGAAGCAAGAGCUGGAAAAACGCCUGCAAGACGUGACGGGUCAACUUGGGACGACCAAGAAGAACGCGAAAAAGGACGAAGCGAACAAGCAGGAUGUGGCUCCAUCUGGGGGAAACAUGUCCUCCAGCAGUAGUUCCAGUGAUUCCUCCUCAUCAAGUUCAAGCGAUUCCAGUUCUAGUGAUUCCAGCGACAGUGAAGCAGAACCAGGACGGCCACCGCGGAAAAAGAAAAAAGACACUUCAUCGCCCGCAGUUGCAGUGGCCAUCGGCACGAGCUUAACCAAUUCGUCCGCUCCGGCCACUGCAUCAACACUUUCGGCAACGACUGCGGUAUCGCAGAUGCUACCGACUGCUGGCAGUACCACAAACUCCACAAACUCCAACACUAUCACAACCACCAACAACAACAACAACAACACCACUACCACCACCACCAUCACACCUCUCUCGAACGCGAACGCCAGCGCGACUACCGCUAUUGCUCUACAGCAGCAGCAUCCGCAAACCUCCGUUCUGAACACUUCAUCGGUUACUCAGCAGCCACCGUCAACGCAGCAGCAGCAGCAGCAGCAGCAGCAAGUGCACAGUAGGCUGCAGCAACAACAACCGCCGCUCACUAUGAGUCAACAGUUAGCGCAAUCUAUCAUACCACCACAAUCCUCAUCCACGUUGGCAUCAUCGGUCCCGUCAUUAUCAAGCACCACCACCACCGGCUCGACAUUAACAACGAACGUUGCCAGUGGCAACGUGGGCAGCAGUAGCACUGGCAGCAGUGCGAGUAACAGCAACCUGCUCAGCAGCAAUGCCACUAACAACAGCAGCAACAACAACAACGCAUCAUCCAAUAGCGUGGUUAACAACGGCAACAACAACAACGCCAUCGUUUCAUCCAGUUUUGCCGGGGUAGGCAUCAACAAUAGCAGCAGUAGCAUGCUUGGCACGCAGCAAACGGUCACGAUGACGGCGACGGCGGUCACGGCGCCAUCGCUUUUGCAACAAAUGCCGCUCCUUCUGCCGCCGCAGCAACAGCAACAGUUGCAGCAGCAGCAGCAGCAAAUGUCGGCGGCAAACUCUUCUCACACCCAAGCGAACCCCCUAAUACCGCCAAUGUUGUCCGUCGGUAGUGGCAGCACUGUAAAUAGUAGUAACCUUAGCAGUGGCAGUGGCAAUCCCAACUCGACCGGUAGUAGUAACAGCAACCAAAUCUCGCUACCCAUACCAUCACCAAAUACCACCACCACCACCACUACCAGCACGAUGCUACCUGUGAAUGCUUUGACCAGUAAUAGUAAUAGUCACAACAGUACUUCUAACCUCAACAAUAUUGUUACACAGCACCAGCAGGCUGCGGUGUCACUGCAAUCGAGUGGAAUCAACACCAACGGUAGCGUCACGUCCGUUUCAGCGCUGCCUCCGUCCAGCGGUAAUAACAGCACCGAUAAUGGCCUGAGCACAAGCAACGGGCUGAUAAACAGUAUGCUAGGGCUGCCGCCCACCUCCCAGAUAGCGACGAGUUUGGCCGCGAUGAGCAACCUAGCUAGUAUGGCUGGCGGGCUGCAGCAGUCACUGCAAAUGUCCCAGAGCCAAAUCGUGAGUAAGCAACAACACCACCACCAGCAGCAGCAGCAGCAGCAACUUCAGCUUGCGCAGCAACAGCAGCAACAGUUCCGUGGUGGUGGUGGUUCGACCGGUAACGGACAUGGUGGGCAUGGUGGUGGACUCGGCGCCGCCGCCGGCUUCGUGGAUCCGCUCGAGCAUACACUGAACUCGUUCGAACAAUCGAUCAAAUCGGAGUCGCUUGGAUUGAACCUCCUAAAUGAUAUGUCGGCGGGCCUGAAGCAAGAUCUAACGGGCCACCAAACGGGCUUACUGCCGCAGCUGGAACUGUGUAUGGCACUGCAGAGCCAAAUGCAGCAGCACCAUCACGUCAGCAAUGGGUUCGUGAACGAGUUCAACGGCAGCGGGACCAUGAACGGGGGCAUGGGUGCUGCAACGCUGGCGGCUGCCGCCAGCAUGGGUGGCAUGGGUAUGGGUCAGAUGGUGAUGAACACGAUGACCACGACCAACCCGCUCAUGGGCAACGUCAACAUGUCGUCGAUGUUUGAUCCGCUACAAAACUUUAUGCGCCCCGGUGGUGGCUACCCACAGCCGACUACGGUGGCUUCCGGAAUCAACCUGCCAACGACGGGUGGUGGUGGCAACGGUGGUGGUGGCAACAACCAACUGCUGCACGACCAACGUUCGCUCGACCUAACAUCUGGUGGCGCUGGUGGCCCCAUGGGUAUGAUGCCUUCGGUCGGUGGUAAUGGAGGAGGUGUUGGUGGUGGCGGCGGGAACGGUGGAAUCGGUGGUGUCAUCACGGUGAAAAAGGAAGAUCCUUGUGGUGGGGCUGGUGGAGGAAAUUUACCGCCUGCAAAUUCCGGGGGCAAGUUCAUGCUGACACCGAAACCGAUCGAAGAUCUGCUCAUCAAUCCGAACGAGAAGAAAAUGGGCACGACGCCACCUCCGGCGGAUGUGAAGGGGAACUUUGCGCACGCAUUUAAGGGACACGACCAGAACCUGAAAAACGCCUGGUCAUCGCUGGCAUCGGCCGGCUCGCCCCAGAACACACCGACAUCGAACAAACCGAAACCGGCCAUGGACUCGUUCCAGGCGUUCCGGAACAAGGCGAAGGAAAAGCUCGAUCGGUUGCAGCAGCAGGAACUCAAGCGCUCGCAGAAGGAGCAGGCCGAAAAGGAGCUGAAACGUCAGCAGGAGCAGCUGAAGAUAAAGCAGGAAGAGUUCAACAAUGGACGCAACAAAGUUUCCAUCGAACCGGUACCGCCCCGAGUGGUGGAGGACAUCAAAGCUUCACCGCAAGGUAGUCCUUCGCCGUCAACUCCUACCACCCCGCACGCUUUGGAUCGAUCGGCUGCGAAGCGAGCAGAGCUGCGACGCCUGGAACAGGAACGCCGAAGAAGAGAAGCGAUGGCUGGCCAGAUCGAUAUGAACAUGCAGAGCGAUUUGAUGGCCGCUUUUGAAGAGUCAUUGUAAAAAGUAUUGAACCAACGCAGAGUUCUCUCGUACACUUGGUAAUAACUGAUACCAACCUGUGCGAUCUGGGGGGGGGGGGGGGUGCGAUUACAACGAAGAAGAGAUGUGAUUCGCCAUGGCAAACCACCUACGUUACGUUGUUGAACGUUGCCAGCCUCUGGUCGCUGGUGGUCGCGCUUCAUCCAUCGUGACUAUUAUGUCGGGUUAGGUGCGUCAGGCAUACGGAUGGCAUAUGGUGCGCGGCCACGGUUUUACUGUAGCGGGCGGAUGAACCGCUAAACCAACUGAUUGACCAAAGCAAUCAAUCGCAAGCGUCGUUACCAGAAAUAGGAUGUGCGCACGCGUUAAACCACCGAUCGUAGUGGCAAUCACUACCAAAAUUCUGAGCACACACCAACUACCUACUCUAUAAACGGGAGCGGCGUUGCCGUUGAUUCCUGCGGCAAUAGAGAAUGAAGGAGAAGCAGCA